AUCCAACAUGGAUGAAAAAGUGCGAAAAGCUCGGCAUGCUGCGGCUCAGCGUCUACGCAGACAGCAAGCUUCUCCGGACACCAGGGCGCGAGAAGCUGCUGCAAAGCGUCAAAAACGCCAAGCGGACGCGGAGUUGAGAGCUCGGGAAGCGGCGGCAAAGCGUCAACGCCGACAGCAAGCUACCCCGGAGACGAGAGCUCAGGAGGCUGCGGCAAAGCGUCAACGCAGACAGCAAGCUGCUACCCCAGAGACGAGAGCUCGGGAGGCUGCGGCAAAGCGUCAACGCAGACAGCAAGUUGCUACCCCGGGGACGGGAGGCGCCGAUGCUCGGUUCAAGCACGAUUCCCUCGACCGGAGCUUUGGGCAGAGCUGCAAGGUAGCAGGUGGUUGCAAGGAAGGGCCCGCAACUCCGAAGGCGGACAAAGUGAUCGGCAGGCUCACGAAUGCAGACGUCGACAACGUACGAAAAGCAAAGCCAGUCCGACGGAAAGCUAGACUCGCGGAUCAACAGCGCGCCACAAGGGACGAAGAAGAGGAUGGCACGUCGAGCCACCCUGUCACCGAAGUUCCGUGCGACCAGCCACAAAACCAGCUUCUGUCACGGUCCAAGACCUCCACUCCGCUGGGAACACCAAGGCCGCCGUCUGCCUCGGCCGACGGACAGCAGCAGACGACUCCGCUCCCCAGUUCGUCCGGUCCUGGGAAGGCGCCUUCCCCGCUCCCAGCCUCCCUGGCGCCACCCGCGAUCACGAAGGUGGAGCCGGGGCUGGCGUCGGCCGCUCAGGGCGGUGCCACGCCCCCGCUCAAGGGCCUGGUGGACGAGUUGGUGCAGCUGUGCCACGAGGAGGACCUGAUCCGGCUGCAGACGGCCGCGGUCGAGCAAAACAUCGCCAGCGUCACCCUCGUCCUCGAGGAACUCAAGAAGAAGAGGGUCGAGUUGCUCUCCAGAGAAAGUCAGGUCAGGAAAGCGAGACUGGAGAGGUUGGAGUGCCUCCAAGGGGUGGCAUCCCUGCACGGCGGACAGCCGCUGCCGUUCACGGACCACGCCCAAGCCUUCCCCAUCAAAACGGAGAUCCUGGCGUCCUUUGGCGGCUCGUCGGACCGUUUCAGCUUCCUCGUGACGCCCUCCGCGUCUGCAGCGCCAACGGUCUCCUCCACCCAGGAUUUCGAAAAACACCUCAUGGACCACGCCUACACGUGACGAGACCAGUCACGACGUGCGCAGCUCAAAGGGGCUACGUCCAUUCAGACACGCUCGUAUCAUCUAACGAGUCAGUGUCGGUCGGUUUAGCCAUGCUCAGAACAUUGGAAGAGUCAACAAAGCUUUGGGACUUUGCAGUGCUGCGGGAGCCCAUUGUCGCUCAAUUUUGACGCGUAAAGCUUUAGUCAUUGUUCAGACCUUUUGCGUGGCAUUUCAUUUCUUUUUUCGCCGUCUAGGACAACAAAUUUUCUUCUUCAUGUUUACUA